AUCAAUGAUGGCAGUACUGCUAGUCUAUGUUUAAUAUAAGUCUAUGCGUUUUUUUGUGCAAAAUGAAAAUAUGGUGAACCGAAUGACAGCUACCAAGUUAAGAAUUCGGAAAAUACCAUUUUAAGUUGUAAACAAUUCUAAAAACAUGCUAAGAUUGUCAUUAAGUAGGGCACUUUGUGCCUCACCUAAAUGUACAAGCAAUAUUCGACCAUACGCGGCAGAAGCUUCAUCGCCACCAGUCCAGAAAAUUGAAGUGUUCAUCGAUGAUAAACCUGUACAAGUUGUACCAGGUACCACCGUUUUACAAGCGGCCGCUAUGGUCGGUGUCGAAAUUCCACGAUUCUGCUAUCAUGAACGAUUAGCCGUAGCCGGAAAUUGUCGUAUGUGUUUAGUUGAAGUCGAAAAAUCACCAAAACCAGUGGCAGCAUGUGCUAUGCCUGUAAUGAAAGGCUGGCGUAUCAAAACUAACUCCGAUUUGACACGUAAAGCUCGCGAAGGUGUUAUGGAAUUCUUGUUGGUUAAUCACCCCUUAGACUGUCCAAUUUGUGAUCAAGGUGGUGAAUGUGAUUUACAAGAUCAAUCUAUGGCUUUUGGAUCAGAUCGUUCCCGAUUCACGGACAUUGAAUUCUCGGGGAAGCGUGCUGUUGAAGAUAAAGAUAUUGGACCUUUGAUUAAAACAAUUAUGACUCGAUGUAUUCAUUGUACUCGUUGUAUUCGAUUCGCAUCUGAAGUUGCCGGUGUCGAUGAUUUAGGAACAACUGGUCGAGGUUCUGAUAUGCAAAUUGGAACAUAUGUUGAAAAAAUGUUCCUCUCAGAAUUAUCCGGCAACGUAAUCGAUUUAUGUCCAGUCGGGGCUUUAACAAGUAAACCAUAUAGUUUCACGGCACGACCAUGGGAGACACGAAAAAUUGAAUCAAUCGAUGUUAUGGACUCGAUUGGUUCAAAUAUUGUGGUUACUAUGCGUACAAAUGAAGUUCUACGCAUUUUACCACGCACCAAUGAAGAAGUUAAUGAAGAAUGGUUGUCGGAUAAAUCACGUUUUGCUUAUGACGGUCUUAAACGACAACGAUUGGUUACUCCCAUGUUGAAAGAUUCCACUGGGAAAUUAGUGAACACUGAUUGGGAAUCCGUCUUAUUGGCGGUUUCAUCCAAAUUAAAAAAUGCCAACCCAGAACGAAUUGUUGGUGUCUCUGGUGGAUUAGCAGAUGCUGAAUCUUUGGUUACCCUUAAAGAUUUAUUGAAUAAAUUAGGAUCAGAACAUCUUUACACCGAGGAAUCAUUCCCAUUAGACGGUUCCGGUACUGAUUUACGUUCUUCGUAUCUACUGAAUACGGGUAUCGCUGGAGUUGAGGAAUCGGAUUUAGUUUUACUUAUCGGAACAAAUACCCGAUUAGAAGCACCGUUGUUGAAUACCCGAAUACGUAAAUCGUAUAUUCAUCGUGAAACUAACGUAGCCGUAAUUGGUCCAAAAGUGGAUUUGAGCUACGAAUAUGAACAUUUAGGCGAUAGUCCAAAUAUUUUAGCAGAAUUACAAUCUGGUACACAUCCAUUUGCUGCAAAAUUAAAGGCAGCCAAAAAACCAUUGAUUAUUUUGGGUUCAGAGCAAUUAAAUCGUCCGGAUGGUGGCUCAAUUUUGGCACAUACUUUGUUAAUUGCUAACCAAUUGAAUCAACCGGAUUGGAAAGUUUUGAAUAUAUUACAAAAAGUUGCUGGACAAGUGGCUGCCUUGGAUAUAGGAUAUAAAGCUGGUGUUGCUGAUUUAAAAGCAUUAAAUCCUACGGUGCUGUUUUUAUUGGGAGCCGAUGAGCUUCCAAUUUCUAAAGAUGAUUUGCCCAAGGAUUGCUUUGUGAUUUAUCAAGGUCAUCAUGGAGAUGCAGGUGCAGCAUUAGCUGAUGCAAUACUCCCAGGUGCAGCGUACACAGAAAAACAAGCAACAUAUGUGAAUACUGAAGGUCGUGCACAGGAAACACUAAAAGCAGUUACACCACCGGGCUUAGCACGUGAAGAUUGGAAAAUUAUUCGAGCAUUAUCACAAAUUAUGGGUAAAACAUUACCAUAUGAAACAUUAGAUGAAGUACGAGAUCGUUUAACAGAUGUUGCACCAAAUUUAACACGAUAUGGUGAAGUUGAAUCUGCAAACUUCUUUGAUGUCGCUGCUAAAUUAGCUCAGAAAUCACUGAAUAAAAUUAGCUCCAGUCCAUUAGAUGUGAAACAAAAGAAUUUAGAAGAUUUUUAUAUGACGAAUUCAAUAAGUCGAGCAUCACCAACCAUGGCUAAAUGUGUUGCGAAAGUAAUUAAACAAAAAACAGCGUCCACAGCGUCUUAGAUUCAACUAUUUAGUUUAAUUUGUAUAUAUAAAAACAAAAAAGAAAAACCUGAAAUCCAUCAAAUUUAAAAGAAAAC